AUGAGAUUCCAGAGCGCUCUGUCACUGGCAGCAGUGGUUACCAGCGCUUCUGCCCAUACCAUAUUUACCAACCUCAAGGUUGGAUCAACAACUAAUCCAGUUGGCUACGGGAUCCGAGUCCCAUCCUACGAUGGCCCUAUUCAAGAUGUAUCCUCAUCAGAUAUAGUUUGCAAUGGUGGCCCCAACCCUACCACGCCAUCUGACAAGGUCAUCGACGUUAAAGCGGGUGACACAGUCCAAGCCAUCUGGAGACAUACUUUGACCAGCGGCUCGGAUGAUGUGAUUGAUUCCAGCCAUAAGGGGCCCACUAUUGCAUAUCUCAAGAAGGUCACCGACGCAAAAACAGAUUCCGGGAUUGGCGGGGGUUGGUUCAAGAUCCAAGAAGCAGGUUACAAUGCGGCGACAAAGACAUGGGCGAUAGACGACCUCAUCGCAAGUGGAGGCGUCCACAGCAUCAAGAUUCCGUCCUGCAUUGCCAAUGGCCAAUAUCUUCUUCGCGGAGAGUUGAUUGCCCUGCACGGCGCAGGGUCAUCUGGCGGUGCCCAGUUCUACCUGGAGUGUGCGCAGAUCAAUGUCACUGGCGGCACAGGGGCCUCAACCCCUUCGACUGUCUCCUUCCCAGGCGCAUAUAAAGCCACCGAUCCUGGGAUCCUCAUCAAUAUCUACCAAACGCUCACGAGCUACACCAUUCCUGGCCCCGCACUAUUUACCUGUGGUGCCAGCUCCGGGCCAUCGGUCCCAGAUAUACCUUCGACGCCAGGAACGACACUUGUUACCAGCUCGAAGCCUAGUGCGACGGCAACCCCCAACAACCCAUCCGGGGCGCCGCUCUAUGGACAGUGCGGCGGAACGGGUUGGGGUGGAGCGACCACUUGUGCCCAAGGGACAUGCAAAGCGACGAAUGAGUGGUAUAGUAAGUUCCUCCCUUCUCAUUUCACUCUCUGA